UGUCUCCGGUCACACCGACCUCACACACACCUCAAAGUCCCCCAUCAGCUUCUGCAUGAGCUGCAGGGAUCCAGGCUCAGAGGGCUGGUCGGGCUCUUUACUAAGCCCUGUUCACACUCGACAGUUUGCUUUCCCCAAGAAGCGCCCAGCCCCAUGGCAGCUCGGGGACGCAACCCAGACAGGAUGGGCUGACCUGUGCCUUCCUCAUGCAGCCUCUGCUCUGAGUCGCAUGCCUCAUGCAUCGUCCCCGCUCCUCCGGGGGCCGUCACUUCCAGUUCUCGGUGCAGGAUGGUUCCUUGGAGUUCUGGCUCUCACGCUUCCCUCUCGCAUGUCUCCUGACCUGCAGUGGUGCCGCGGACCCACACCCACCCUGAGGCUGGGGAGGGGUCUCCAGCCCCACUGGGGAUGUGGCAGCAGGAGAAGCGGGAGGCUCCUGGGAUGAGGCCUCAGGGCACGUGUGUCCCUGGUCCCUCCCCGUCCACGCCUAUGGAAUGGGGGUUCGAGGGCUUUGCCUUCGGUGAACACCCUGCUUCCCUGGGUGUCUUGCAGCCUGCAACGUGUGGUACCUGAACUCUGUGGAGAUGGAGUCGCUCACGGGCCACCAGGCCGUCCAGAAGGCCCUGAGCCUCACCCUCGUGCAGGAGCCGCCUCCCCUGUGCACGGUCGUGCACUUCAAGGUGUCGGCCCAGGGCAUCACCUUGACGGACAACCAGAGGAAGCUCUUCUUCCGGAGGCACUACCCCGUGAGCAGCGUGAUUUUCUGCGCAUUGGAUCCACAGGACAGGAAGUGGAUCACGGACGGCCCCUGCUCGAGAGUCUUCGGGUUUGUGGCCCGGAAGCAGGGCAGCGGCACGGACAACGUAUGCCACUUAUUUGCGGAGCAUGACCCAGAGCAGCCUGCCAGUGCCAUUGUCAACUUUGUGUCAAAGGUCAUGAUCGGUUCCCCUAAGAAGAUCUGAUCCCCAGCCAGCCAGAGCCUGGAGCGGGGCUGCGGCGUCCGCCGUGUAGCAGCUGGCCAGCCUGCCGCUCCAGCCCCGGGAGGGAAAGGGGCUCCCCCGGCUUCGCGGACACGAGGACACACGGCCCCCUGCCUACUGUCCUUUCCUGAAAGACUGUUCACCGACACAUCUCUGUAGCCGAGCGCUUUCCAGGUGGAGGAAAUUGGGCUCCACGCUGGCAGGGGCCGUGCAAGGACACAGGCCCCCGUGUUCCUUGCACGCCGGCGUUUGUGCGAAGGAGGGCUCCUGUCCACCCAGCACCCGGUGGAGGGAGGCCUCUCUCCUCCACGACAGAGACGCUAGCUCACCGAGAAGGGGAUGCACGUUUGAUGAAGGUCUGUGCAGGUCAGGCCCUUCCGGAACUCUGGGGGCACGAGCGAGGGGGUGACACGAUGGCUGUGCGGGCCAGGAGGACCACCUGGUCCCUGGGGAGGGGCACCGUGUUGCCCGAGAGCCCCUGCCCGGCAGGUGGCAGUGGCACCAGCCUCCCCCUCACAUUCUGGCUCUGAACGGCAUGUUGUCCGUGAGAGAAGGAACAUGGAAGUGAAAUGUCUUUUCCUGUAAUUUAUAUUCCACUUAUGCCAAAUUAUUUAUGAUAAAUUGCUGGGCAGGACGGGGUCCCACUGCUGAGGGCUGCCAAGCCGAGCCCAUGCCCACGACCGAGGGCCGCGUCCCCCACGGGCCGGGCUCCGCAGCCUUGACCACCCCAACGCUUGCUGUGGACAGCUCCCGUCCGGGCGGCGGAUGGCGUCCUUUCUGGGGAGGAAGGUUCCCGAGGGUCGGUUACAUAUGGCUGGAGACUCGGCCCUGAUCUCCACAGCUAUUCUUGACCCUCCGUGAGCCAUUGGCCGCUUGUCCCUGCCUCUGCGGCCCCCACUGGGAUCCUGUUUCUGGCAUCCUGAGCAGAGGAGGGAGAGGAGGAAGAUGAUGCCUCCCAGCCCUUCUGAGCUGAGAGCCGCUCCUCUUCAUCCCCCAAGCGACCGAGUCGGGGUGCCAUUCACGCCAAGGUUUCCGCGCACAUCCCCCAGCUGGGAGGUGGGGCUGGUGACGCGUACCGGAGGCUCGGUCUCCUCCCGCACAGCGGCUCUGGGCCCCCGGGAGCUGCCCACUCUGCCUGACUUGCCAAAAUCAAGACCAACUCUCAGGCCCCCCAGGAGUGGCCAGAGGGCACCACACCAGGGGUGGAAACGUGCAUUGUGAGUUCUCUGUGUUAAAUGGGUCACGUGGUGACUCGAAGCGCUAGAGGCCACGAAUCGCAGGGGCGCUGCUGAAAGCAGGUGGACGGGUCCACCGUCUAGCUCCUAUUGACGCCCCAAACAUAAGUGCCUCAUUUCUGUGCCAAAUGUUUGCCUUGGUCUUCGCGGACCUUCUUCCCUGACAGGUGUUGGUGUGGCUGUGCAGGAACGUGCUGGCGUCUCCCAGCGGCCCCGCGGGCCUGGUCCUCAGCAGAGGCGGCUGGCAUCUCGGGAUUCCAUUUGUGGCAGAAAUUCGGCCCAGGGGACCUGAGGUGCCGUCCCCAAGAGGCGCCUCAUCCCGAGGUGGCUUCUAUCCAGUUUGACCCAAAGACCGCAGGUCAGGUCCCUCAUCCUUCCGAUGAAGGAAGAGAGGGCUCAUUUAGAAACGGAGUGCGGGCAGGUGUGGGAUAGAGAAGCACAAGCUGGCGGAUGACGCGGCCAUCGGGGCCUCCCGUGCAGUCCUUGUCAGAGCAUUCAAGAAGCCGUACCCCCUUGCUUUUGAGACGGACCGGCCAGCUGUGGCUUUUCCUUGCAGUGGCCGCGGCGUCAGGAAGUUUGCUCCCUCUACGGAGCCGAGGGAAGCCGAUUCCCCGGUUCCUGAUGAGCUGGUACGACAGGUUUCUUCCUGUGUUACACGUGCAUCACACAGAACAAGAGGAAUCCAUGAACUCGGGGCUCAGACGGCAGGGAGCCCCACUCCCACCCCACCCCCACUCAGGCUCGGGGACACUCCGUGGGAAGCUCUUUCCCUGGCACCUGGCCUCUGGGCGCCAUUGGGCAUGUGCUCCUGUCCCUGGGAGGUCAAGGGACCUGCUCUCCACCGCGUCAUAGCCAGGGUCCCCUUAACCCGCUCAUUUACCUGAUGCUGUAUUCCUCCAGUGUUAACCUAUAACCGUGGUAAGUCCCACCGCAUUUGAGGGUCCCCAUGUGUAUCCUCGGCGUCAAAGACCUCAUGUCUCCUUAGCUGCCUUACUUAUUAGUGGAUAUUUUUACUUUUCUUAUAUUGUAAAGAAUAUAUCCAGUAUGUAAAUGAAUGUUCUAUAAACCCUUUGUAUAGUCAUUUUCUCUGCUUUUCAGAUAUCAUCUCUAUUCAGAGUAUAAUAAAAUUAUAAACAUGGGAAAGCCUCGGUGAG